ACUGAACAUACAGACGCAGUGUGUCGGUAUAUUACCUGAAGGAACGCUGUGAAUGAUGGGAGCAUCUCUGAUCCUACGGACAACUGCAAUAUUCCUCACUGUCACCCUACAAGUCAAAGCUGUGUUCUGUUUGAAAACCAAAACUUUAUCGGAGGGUGAGAGCUUUGAGUUUAAAUGCAACUAUAAAGACGUCCGUCAAAGUGGCGUUAAGUACUUCUGCUUAAUUGAUGGCAAAAUGGCCAUCAAACACCUGAUACGGGCCAAAGAACACAACAAGUGGGUGCGAGAAGGAAGAUUCUCUCUAUUCGAUAACACAAGCGGAGCCUUUUUCAUGGUCAGGGUGGACGUGCUGUACGCACAGGACAGCGGGUUGUACCGGUGUGGGGUGGACGCUUGCCUCCCUCCAAACCUCAACGAUGUCAUACAACUAAAUGUCUCCAAAGAGCACAACCUGAUGCUGUUGAUGGCUGCAAUAGUGUGCGCGGCUGCCCUGGUAUGCGUGUGUCUCUAUACACUCGUGUUGCUGAUGGCUUUGAGAAAACAGAAAAGAAAGAUUUCAUCCGACUAUGAGACCAUGACGCCUGCUGUCAUUGGUGAAGCUGAAGGCCACGGCAGGAGUUUGAGUCUGGAGUGUAUCACUCAUCCUGACGCACUAACAGUCGACCCCACAGUGGGACAUCGGGAGUCGUCUUCAGGCAGCCUCAACCUCGAUGAAUACCUCGAUUUAGAUCUCAGCCUAUUGGAGGAGCACGUCUACCAUAACAUCAGUAGAGAGAACAUUCCAGAGAAUUAACGUCAGGUUUACACAACGACUCAAAUCCACUUUCAGAUGGAUUCAUCCUAAAAUCCUGGUUGCCACCAUGCAAAGUUGUGGUGCUUUUAGUUUCAAGUCCAAAAAGGAGUAGGAUGAAGCGGAGCCCAUUUGGUCCUGCCACCGUGGACAAAACCGGAGACACAGAAGACAUGUUUUUGCCCCCUAAGAUAAUGUAAUGCCAUUCAAUGGAGGCAAGUCAAACACUUGCCAGUGAUUCCAAGUUGUAUAAAGAGUUGUCUGUCUGUAACUUCA